CCUAGAUAUAUAGAUACAUAUUAAUUGGAUAUAGAUACAUACAUUCAUCACUCCCCCAAAAAAACACAGCAGCGGCAGAUUUCCAACAAAAAAAUGAGCUACAAGUUUCAUCAGUUUCAGGUUGUAGGCAGGGCCUUGCCGACAGAAUCCGAUGAACAUCCCAAGAUUUAUCGCAUGAAACUUUGGGCCACUAAUGAAGUCCGUGCUAAAAGCAAGUUCUGGUAUUUUUUGAGGAAGUUGAAGAAGGUGAAGAAGAGCAAUGGACAAAUGCUUGCUAUCAAUGAGAUUUUUGAGAAGAACCCGACAACGAUUAAGAACUAUGGAAUUUGGCUGAGGUAUCAAUCUAGGACUGGGUACCAUAACAUGUACAAGGAGUACAGGGACACGACCUUGAAUGGGUCCAUUGAGCAGAUGUACACUGAGAUGGCUUCUCGCCACAGGGUCCGUCACCAUUGUAUCCAGGUCAUCAAGACAGCCACUAUUCCAGCAAAGCUUUGCAAGCGAGAGUCUACGAAGCAGUUUCAUAAUUCCAAGAUCAAGUUUCCAUUGGUGUUCAAGAAGGUUAGGCCUCCAACUAGAAAGCUCAAGACCACAUACAAGGCUUCAAGACCAAAUCUAUUUGUCUGAGUCACCCUUAUCGGUUUUGGUUGUAUUUUGAAGUUAUAUGUCAACUACUUAUUUUGGAUUCUAUGUCGUCUUAAAUGAAGAUUGGUGUCGUUUUGAGAA